CAAACACAUACAUACAUGUAAGCCCCGUCAGAUCCGAUCGGCGCAAUGGCGUAAUUACCUCGUUGAUUUCCAUUGUGAUUACAAUAAUUAUUUAUUAUAUCGAAUCGUUUUGUUAGUGAUUGUGAUGUAGUAUUUGAAUGCCUUUCUUGUUUUAAGUGGUUUGGUUGGUUUUUGUUGAUUGCGUUUACACGUUUUUGACGGAGACUACACUAUACGUAUUCAUAUUGUCUAGGUAGUCCAAUUUUAAUUUUUAUAUCCGUCAACAAUUACCACAGGUCGCUGUCGUGUUGUGAGCAGUGAGUCCUUUGUGUUAUUGUGAAUUAUUAUAUCAUCGUUACUUGAUAUUGAAACCGUUAUAAUAUUAUUGGUUAUCUGUCGCCGCCCCGUAGCUGCAGCGUGAUCAUGCCGCUGUUCCGGUUAACAGUUUAACACAAACUUAGUUUCCAAUUGGGUCGUCGUUCGGAGUCAAGCAAAUCUAUAAUAUUUAAGGUACACACAUAGGUCAGUGGAUCUCGUGCACGCACGCGUGCGUGUACAACAGAAAACAUUCAACAAUUUCAAUGUUAAAAUAUUUAUGUUCGAAACUAUCAGUAUUCAACGAAAGUGAACUGGAAUUGAAUACCUAAAUUGAUUUAGUUCUUAGAAACAUGGAUAUUCCUGAAGAAAAGGUUGGUGAAACUGCAAAUAUUGAGUGUGCAAUUUCACAGGAGUCAUCAUUGCCUCUUCAAAAUAUUAAUCAGCUUGAAGAAAAUGUAUUGUCAGCUAGUAAUAGUAAUAGUGAAGAUCCAUUGAAAGUUGUUACUCAAAAUAGUGUUUCUGAAAACCAAACAUCAAUAGAAACAAAUAAUGUUAAUUCUCAAAAUGAAAAUAUUGCUUCGGAAACUAAUUUACCCGUUUCUACUGAUAAUUCAACACCUCUACUUCCUCCUCUUCCUAAAGAUGAUAAAGGAUCUCAACCUUCAGUUCCAUAUUCGGCUGAUUAUAAUAUGCAAAAUUAUUCCAACUAUAAUUAUAUGUACAAUUAUUCUAAUUAUUAUGGUUAUCCAUUUCCACAAUAUCAAUGGGAUUAUAAUAGUCAACAAUAUUAUCAACCAUAUCAAAAUUAUUACAACUACAAUUAUAAUGCAAAUCAACCCCAAGCAUCAUCUAAACCACCUCCACCACCUCCUGAUACUGUACAGUUACCAGUUGAAGAAAAGCCAGCUAGUAAAACUAAUGUACCUACUCUUGAUGACUCCAAUAGGUAUUCUCCAACAGCUGAAAUAGAUGAUGAUGAUACUAUGAAAGAAAGUAAAUCAGAUGUUUCUAUUGAACAACUUAAUACAUCAUCUGCUAAUCCUAAUAAUUUACAAACUCUGCCACCAGAACAAAUACAAGUUAAACAAAAUAUGUCUGAAAGCGUUGAUAAUGUAGUUCAACAACAUACUAUACCUUUAAUUACUCCAGUGCAACAACCAGUGGUUCCAGUAAUUGCUCAGAUACCACCAUAUAACAUUCCAGUUCAACAACCUAGCUAUUUGAUUAAUCCACACUCUCAAAUACAAUCAACUGAAGCUAUUGAAUUAACCAAUCAACAAAUUGUACCUGCAUUAAAUGGAAAAGAUGAUUCUGUCGAAAAGGUAUCCAAAGGAUCUACUGUAUUAGGUAAAACUCAAGCCAAAAAACGAUUGAUGGCAUUUUCAAUGAUGAAACAAAAACUUCAAGAACAAAAUAAUUCUAUGAAUGAUAAUCAAAAUUCAGACAUUGGAGAAGGAAAUGAUGUAGAAUUUAUGCCUGAACUUAAUGUAUUUCAAACUGUUACGAAGAAAAAAGUUCUUACUAAUAAAAAAGUUGCUAAAGUAAUCAAGGCUCAACAAACCAUUGAACAAAUUGAAGAAAUGAAGAAAGAUGAACUAUUGCAAGGAAAUAAUGCUGCAUUAUACCAACAUCUCAGAAAUGGUGGUAACGAAGCUCCUAUUCUUCAGAAACUUGGAAUAGAAUCUUUGGCAGAAAAAUAUUCAGCGAAGAUACGAGAACAAGAUAAGCGGUUGAAGAGACAUCAUCACAGGCGCCGAGAUGAUAAUAGAAGAAGCCAUAAAUACAGACGCCGUUCUCAUUCUAAAUCCAGGUCUAGGUCCAGGUCCAGAUCAGCAGAAAAGCCAAAGAUGCGGGCACUAGAUGUCAAAAGUUGGAAGGAUUUCAUCAAUGGUGGAUUUCAUUUUGACAAGUUUCGCAGAUUUAAGUUGGAUGAAACUGAAGAAAUUAAAGAGAAAGAACGCAAGUCAAGGAUGAAGAAAAGACAUGGUGAAACUCGUUCUGAUGCAAAAAUCCAAAAUACAGAUUUUGGUCUGUCAACUGAAAUAGAAAAAGGUGUUGGCAUUCAACGUUUUAACUUGUUGGAUCGUAAAAAAAAAAUUCUGAAAGGUCCUGAGGUUUUGACACAAGAAGGAGAUUAUUCUAAGUAUUAUCCCAGCAGUAUCACUCGAUGUACCAAGACCAAACCGGCUAUAAAAUUUAGUGAAAACCCAGCAAGUGCUACUUAUCAUCUUCAGAAUAGACAACAAAUGUUAGCCACUCUUCUUCCAGAAAUUGAAUCUAUUGUUCACAAGUUCCUAUCAAGUAUAAAACCAAAAAGGCUUAAAGAUCAUUCAACUUGUGGCAAUUAUAACCAUUUAGAUGAUAAUCUAUUAGUUAUGAUGAAAGAUCCUAAUAUUUAUCCAUUCAAAGGUUGGUGGCCUAAAACAUAUUUUAUCAUGUGUCAAGUUAAAGAAGAUCCAAAUAUAGAAAUAGACAAAGAUGCAUUAAUAAAUGAGUUUGCUCCUAGUAAGCGAACUAAAAAAUCUAGAUUUAAUGAUGAUACGUCAAUGGUUGAUAUAAGACCUACAGUUCCAUCAAAAUGGGAUAGCGAUUACGACGGUAGUCCGGCAACUGAUAAAGUAAUGGAUGUUGAAGUUUCUCAAAAUUUAGAUAUAAUUACUUCUAAUGAUAUUGGUAUAGUUAUUAAACAAGAAAAUAACCCUCCAGAUAUAAGUUGUCAGGACGAAGAAUCAAUGGAUACUACAUCCGAUGCUUGUGAAGUUGAUCCAAAGAUUAAAGUUAUUUCAACUUCACCUAAUCGGUCUCAAGAACCACAAGUACAUGCUAUAUUGGAUACGGAAUAUGAAAAGUUUUUAAAAAUAGUAAGUGCUGAAAAAUUAGAAAAAGCAGUUGAAAAUAAUUUUCCUACUGCAAAAAUUACAAAAGAAGAUGAAAACAAUUUAUUGGUGAAAUCAUUAACAUCAUUGAAUGGGGAUUCUGUAGAGGAUUCAUCAGUUAAGUCUUCAGAUGAUUUUGCUUCGUUACACAGUGUUGAAGAGAAAUCAAUUAAUGAUAAGUCAUUUGUUAAUAGAUUAUCUUCUGUUGAUAUAAAAUUAAAAAAAAAGAAAAAAAUGUCUAGUAAAAAGUCUAAAAAAAAUAAAAAAAAAGAAAGUAAGAAAAAAAAACGUAAAUAUAGUUCUAGUGAAAGUUCUCAAGAUUCGGAAUCAGAAAGUGAUAGUAGUUCAGAAGAAAGUGAUUCUGAAACAACUGAUUCAACCUCUUCAGUUGAAAAAAAGAAGUACAAAUCUAAAGAUAAAAAGAAAAACAAAAGUAAACAUAAUUUAAAAAAAAAAAAUAAGAGUCUUAAGAACAAAAUUAAAAAUUCUGAUGAUGAAAAAGACAACAGUAAUAUUUUAAACUUAUUAGAAAAGGCUUUUAAUGUUGAAAUAAAAAUGAAAUCUUUGGAUGAUGAAGAACUCAAACAAAAGAAGAAAAAACGAAAACAUGAAAAAAAAGAAACUAAGUUAAAUGAAGAAAAUGAUGAUGAUAUUGAAAAAGUUAAAGAAUGUUUAAAAGAAACAUUCACAAAAUUGGCAAAGAAUGAUAAAGUUAGUAGAAAUCAAUCUCUUACUUGUGAUGACAGUACAGUCAGUGAAGUAUUAAAAUAUUUAAAUAUGGAUGAAGAAAAGGUAAAGAAAAACAAAAAAUCUAAGAAAAGUUUCAAACGUAAACGUGAAUCUGAUAUUUCUGGUGAAGAAAUAACUCCCAAAAAAUCGAAGUUAGAUGGCAGAUUAAAAAUAAAAGAUGGUGAAAAAAAAAGAAAGAGUAAAAAAAAAAAAUCUUCUGAAAAACGAUCUUUUGAUUUGGAAGAACAUGUAUCAAAGAAAAAAUCUAAAAAAAAAUCAAAAAUGACGGACUCUUCUGAGACUGAUGAUGAAGAAGAGUUGGAGCAUAAAAAAAUGAAAAAUGAAAAUGUUCAUUUUUUUGGACUGCGACCCAAUGAGUGGAACAUUAAAAACAAAAGUUCCAUGAGGGGAGUCGUCCAUCACUCGGAAGUUAAGAAUAUAAAUUAUACAUCACCUACAAAUGAUACUAGUGGGUUUGAUGAAGAAGUGAAUGUAAACAGAUCUAGAUCUACACAUUUAAGUGAGGAAAAUUCAUGCCUUUUGGACUUAAAAAAUAAUCAAAAUGAAAAUUUAGGGUCGCGUAAAGUAUUAGUUGAAAAAUUUGAAGAAAGAGAAAAGAACUCUUGUGAAAGUGAAUCUGGUGAAGUAAAAGAGUGUAAUAUUGAUAAUGAUAAAAUAUUGAAUAAACCUGAUAAAUAUGUUAAUAAUGAAUUAAAACAUGAAAAUGAUGAAUUACAAAAUACAUUAUUAAUUAACGAUAAUAUUGAAGAGCAAGUUUUAAAUAAAGAUGGUUAUAGUGUUUCGAAAUUGACCCAUAAUAAUCCUGCUGUUACUAAUAUUAUCAUUAAUAAGCCUAUUGGAGAGACUAUAUCUUAUCGAGAUAAAGUAAAAAUGAAUUUAAAAAAACUCUCAACUUGCCAACAUAUACCAUUUGUAUUUGGAUUUUCUUCGCCACUUGGCUUAUUGAAACCAAUAAAUAAAAUAGAAAAAACCGAACAAAAUUUAAAAGAACCUAAUGAAUGCAUAAAAUCAGUAAUAGAUGAAUCAACACUUUUAAAGUUCGAUAAGCCAAAAGUUGUAAUUAGUCCUGAAAUAAAAAAUAAAAAAUCACAUGAAAUUGGUAUACAAGCAAAUGAUAAAGUAUUUGAUUCUAGAUUAAGCCUGGAAGAGUCGAAAAAAUUAAGCCCCAAUUCAUUGGAACAUUUAAAUGAUGAAGAACAAAAUGAACAAAUGGAGCCAAAUGUAUUAAAAAAUAAAUAUAAUGAUAAUAAAUCACGUGAAAAUAAUUCAGUUUCAAAUUGUAGGGUAGUACAAAAAAUAGAAGACCAUUCAUUUGAUACAAUUGAAUCAAAUAGUUGUGGUUCAGAUUUAGAAAACCAAAAUGAAAAAAUGUAUGAAUUUGAUAAUAUAGUUGUAAAAAGAGAAAUAAUUACUUCAUCAAAUUCCACCAAUGUCAGUAAAUUUGAACAACAUAUAGAAUCUAAUAUGAUACCACCUCAAAAUAAUAGUUUUGUUCAAACGACAUCAGUUCUAAAAGAUUCUGAUUCUAUAUGUCCACAAAUUUCUAAUAUUGAUUUAGAAUCUUCAAUAAUUGAUAAUGAACUAAUUGUUCAAUGGACAUCUGAUUGGAGUAAAUUUAAUUCAUCAGUUAUUCAAAAUAAUACUAAUAUCUGCAAAAUGAAUGGUCAUAGUGAAUUGCAUUUAAAAAAAUCUCGUUGGGAUGAACCACCCAAAUAUGAAGAAAUUAAUACUCCUAUGAGUUACGCUAAUGAACAUAAUAAUUUAAAAGAUAUUUCAAACAGUUUUAUUACUGACAAUUUAGUAAAUAAAAAUGUAGAGUUUAAAGAAGAUUUUGAUUCAGAAGAACAAUUAUGUGAAAUUGAUUCUGUAGUAAAUGACACUAGAUAUUAUUCUGAAAAUUGGGCUAAUGAAUAUGCUAAUGAUUGCUCCCAGUCCUAUGAAUUAUGUUCUUCCUUUGAACCUCAUUAUUCAAAAAUGAAAAAUAUUAAAAAUGAUAAAAUAAUUCCAGUUGACUACAGUAUAUAUGAAAAUUAUAAUCCAAGUUACAAUUACCACGAUGAACAUUAUAAUAACUGGAAAUCAGUAGAUUCUUUUGAUCAGUUGACAAAUGUAGCCAUUAAUAAUGAUACUCAAUCUUCUAUACAGGUUGGUAAUAUUUUGGAAUUAUUACCCUCAGAUAAUGUUUCCAUUGAUGAAGCAGAAAUUUUAAAAGAUGAAGUUACAAAUGAAAAUGUUUUUCCUAUUACUUCUGAAUCCCAGGACAGUAUUGUUGAAAAUGAAAAAUCAGUUAUUGUUGGUCGUGAUGAACAAUUUUUCAAGCUAUAUCAACAAUAUUUCCAACACUACAACCAAAAUCCUAUAAAGUACUCAAUGAGUGAACCCGUUCUUGAUAAUAUUACUGAAGUAAACAUAAAAACUUUGGAAAAAUUAUCAACCCAAGAAAAGUUAAAUACUGAUUGCAAAGAUAGUAAAACAGUUGCUAUACCUUUACAAGAUCGAGGUUAUGCAUGUUUAGUUCAAGAAGAUGAUAUCAAUGUUUAUCUUACUAGUGAUAACUAUUUAGCAUAUUGUGCCAUCGAAGAUAAAUGUAUGGUACACAUAGCUUUAGAAUCAAGUAGUCUUGAUGGUGUUGGUAAUGAAGUUAGACAUUGUUUUAAUGUAAACCAAAAUGGUUCAACUGUCGAGUACUGGUUGCAUGCAGAUUUAAUUCCUUUUCAUGUUUCAUCUGAUGUAUCAGGAGUGUUUAGUGAUGGUGAUGAUGAUGUGGAUUCUAGUAAAUCAGAUUCAGGUCAAGAAAAUGGUUUUAUAGAUAAUAAUGAUGAUUGCGAAGAUAAUAAUAAAUAUACAGUUGAAGGAGAAUGGGAAAUUAUAAAUAGUGUAAGUGAUGAAAAUGUUGACACUUGGCUGGAUGAUCCAUGUAUACUUAAUAAGUAUGGAGGGAACAACCUUGAUGAUGUUGAUCAAACUGUUGCUGACAUCAAUCAAGAAGGAUCUAGUUCUUCAGAUUAUGAUACUGAUACUAGUGACUUUUCUGAUUCAUACUUUGAAACAAGUUCAAAAGAAAAACAAAAUAUUACUUUAAAUUUGUAUCAGAAGUCAUCGGAAAAUAAUGAUAAAAACGAAUUACUAAAUAUUGCUGAUGUAGAGAUACCAGUAGAUAUUACAAAACAACCACAGAGUUCGAUUAAGAGUUCAGAUUUUAUAGAAAUCGAUAAAAGUGCUGCAUUGUCUAUCAAUUUAGAUUCGAAUAUUGAAAUUAAAAAUGAAAAAGAUAUGGCGAAGACCACUCUUGAAUUAGUUACAGAAAAUAAUGAUAAUAAUAUUUUGAAGCUAGAAGGAAUAAAAAAUGACAAAAUGAAAGAAUCAGAUGUUGUACCACUGAAAGAAGAAAUAGUAGUUGACGAUCUUUCAAUUAUAAAUAAAAUUUUUAAUCAACAGAUUUUGAUUAAGAAAUUAAAAGUUCGCGCCAAAGAAAAGAUUCAAGAAAAACAGCCUGACACAAUAAUGGUGCACUAUAGUGACAACAUGGAAACAGUUAAACAUCCAUUUUUGGGACUGUUUCAGCCACCAACCAUCAGUAUCUUAUCUAAAAAAUUAAGUAAUACAACAAGUACCUCAAGAAUGCCUAAACGUGUAACUUUUGCUGAUGGAAUCCACCCUGGUGAUAAUUUAGCUACAUCUCCAACACAUGAUGAUAAUGGUCGUCCAUUAUCGCCACCACCAUUGAAAAAAUUGAUGCGAGAAAUGCUUAAGUUUAAACGUAAUAUGUAUCCGUUUAAAAAAUCAAAAGUGCGUACCAAGUUUACUAUGGUUAACAAAAAAGUUGCCACGGUAACUCCUUCUAUUAAGACAACUACAUCAUCUGUGAUUGAGUACUAUAUUAGUCGCCAACGCCUUGAAGACUUACCAAUCAUAGAUACAUUCAAUAAUAGUGUUUUAAGGUCUGAUGAUUCACUAAAUGAUACUGAUGAUCAGAAUAUACCUGGGAAAAACACUACACCACCAAGACCUGCUAGAGAACUUACUCCUGUGCCAUCAGACAGUGAGUGUUGGCAUGAUGAUGACAACAUUAAAGAAUCUAUUUAAAUUGUCUUGUAGGUGUUUAAUACAAAAAUUGUUAAAUAUUCAUCUACAUUAUUUAAAUUUUAACUAAUAUGUAUGUAUA